AUGGCGCGACGACUGUCGUAUCUCGCCGAAAAACACGGUCUGCUACCGGACACCCAGUUUGGAGGACGACCAGGCAGAACCACCGAACAGGCCCUUUUGGUCCUCUCCAAUGCGAUAGACCGGGCGUGGUACACACACAAAGUCGUGACGCUGGUGGCGUUUGACUUGAAAGGGGCGUUCAAUGGGGUCAACAAAGUGAGCCUAGACGCCUGUCUACGGGCAAGAAGAAUCCCAACCACAGCGAGAAAAUGGAUCGCGAGCUUCAUGAGCGAUCGCCACGCUAGCAUAGGAUUUGAUGACUUCCGCACCGAGACCACGCCACUGGCGAACGCGGGACUAGCACAGGGCUCGCCUCUCUCCCCCAUCUUGUUUGCAUUCUUCAACUCCGACCUAGUCGACCAGCCUGUCAACGCUCACGGCGGAGCAUCCGCCUUCAUCGAUGACUACUUCCGCUGGCGAGUAGGCCACUCGGCCGAAGAGAACCUAACCAAGAUCCAAUCGGAAGACAUUCCCCGUAUUGAGGCAUGGGCCCGUCGAACGGGGUCUUGUUUUGCAGCCGAGAAAACCGAACUGAUUCACAUCACCAGGAAAAGACGCGAACAGCUUCAGGGUCAAGUGGUUAUGAACGGGAAGACAGUCGAACCGUCACCCACAGCCAAACUGCUGGGUGUGGUGUUCGACCAGGAGCUUCGCUGGAAGGAACAUGUCCAGCAAGCGAUCAAACGUGCAAUCAAGGUCAGCAUUGCUUUGGGCGGGCUGCGGCAUCUACGCCCAGAACAGAUGCGACAGCUCUACCAAGCCUGCGUGACGCCGGUCAUGGACUACGCGUCGACGGUCUGGCACGAUCCUUUGCGAGACAAGACCCACCUACGACACUUGAAUACAGUCCAGAGAACCACAUUGAUACGCAUCCUAUCAGCUUUCAGGACAGUGGCCACCACGACUCUGGAAGUGGAAGCACAUAUUUUGCCAACACAUCUCCGACUGCGCCACCGAGCGCAGAACACCAUCGCAAGCCUUCACACCCUGCCGCGCGACCAUCCGAUUUGGGAUACACUCCGGCGAGCCCAGAAACGUAGGAACAACAUCGGGUCGUACGCUCGGUUCCCACUGGCGGAAGCCCUGAAGACUAUGAACCUAGAAAGAUUAGGUGAAGUAGAGACGAUCGAUCCACGACCGCUGCCACCGUGGCGAGCCGAGUCUUUCACGGAUAUUGAGUUCGGGUCAGACCGAGAGACGGCAAGAGAACAGGCGGACAUGGUGCGGUCCACAUCCGCCAUCGUGGUCUACUCGGAUGCCUCGGGACGUGAAGGACACCUAGGCGCUGCAGUCGUUGCACUCGACAACAACCUAGAGGUCAUCGAGUCCCAGCAGGUCCAGGUGGGACCGAUGGACCGAUGGUCGGUUCACGUAGCUGAGCUGAUAGGUAUUUUCUACGCUGUCAGUACAGUGUUCAAGAUUAGCCAUCAACGGCCCAGAACGGAACAUAAUGGAACAACAACGGCAACGAUCCUCUGCGACAGCAAGUCAGCGUUGCAGGCGAUCGAAAACCCAAGAAACAAGUCAGGACAACGCAUCAUCCACGCGAUCCUCCAGGCGGCCGCAGAAGUUCAAGCAAAGGGAAUCGCGCUCCGCCUCCAAUGGAUACCCGGACACUGCGACGAUCCAGGGAACGACGCAGCAGAUCGGUUGGCCAAAGACGCGGCAAGCCCGGGCAAAACACACCCCUUCCGCCCUUUACUGACAAGGAAGAGAGCGCUUAUCCGGGACAAGAUCCGCGCUCAAUGGGAGCGGGAAUGGAAAGCAUCAACCAAUGGCGGUCACUUGCGAAAAAUCGAUAGCACUCUACCGGCGACCUACACCAGGAAGCUGUAUGGGAAUUUGCCCAGGGGCCGGGCGUACCUGUUGACACAGCUACGCACGGGCCACAAUUGGCUAUCCACCUAUGCCAAGACCUUCGGCUUCCGCGACAAUGAUCAGUGCGUGUGCGGCGCGCAAGAAACAGUCACCCACGUGCUGGUGGACUGCCCAAAUUUGAGGGAAAUCCGAAGGGAGCUAAGACGUGAAGCUGGGGACGCGUUCAACGACGUGUCGAGUCUGCUGGGAGGCUCAACCGAAGGUAGGAGAGGUAAGCCAGACAUCGUGUCGCGGGCUAGGACGGUCAAAGCCGUACUAGACUUCGCUGAGGCGUCACAAAGGUUCAAAAGUCGCGCGCCAUGA